AGUGCGUGACAGAAGGGUGCUUUUCACUGUCUGCUAGCGUUCGAGUGAUACACUUGCGGGUAUACUGUACACCUCGCAGUUUUGUCUGAAGAUUGGGCCCUACAGCUUCGAAAUCGAUAGCGAUAGGAAAACAAUAAAUACAGGCAGCAUGUUGAGCACCUUGGCGAGCUACCUCCUGGGCAGCCAGUCGUCCGAGCAGGCGGCUGUAGCACCCGAUGUCCGGCUGCGUGCCAUUGAGACUGAUGAUGACUGGCUGCUAGUCGAAACUGCAGGUGCCACAGACACCUCCAUGUCCACCUCCGCCACCUCGCCGCCGCUGUCGCUGGUACUGCGGCCGUCCGGCACACCGACGCCCACGGCAGCACGAUCGCGGUCCCUGUCGCGUGCCUCCUCUGCGUCGUCGCUGCCCUGCGAGGACUCGUGGUUUGUGACACCGCCGCCAUGCUUCACGUCAGCAGGACCCGUGCACAUGGAGACAUCACCAUUGGAGGACCUGCUCAUCGAGCACCCCAGCAUGUCCGUGUACCAGCGCUCUUGGCCGGCACGUGCCCCCACCACCGUCCCGCCACCAGCCGCUCCCGCGCCUGCCCCCCGGCGUUCCGAGUCACUGCCCCCACCGUCGCCAUCGCCUGCGCCACGCACGCCAUCACUGUCGCCAUCACCUCCCCCAACACCUGCAGUGGCACGCCGUCCCCGUGACCACCACUCACCCCCGCCGCCACCUCCAGCCGCCGCUGUGCAGCCACUGCCCAGGCGACACAAUGUGUACGCGCUGCAGCACCGCCAGCAGCAGCAGCUGCUUACGCUCAGGUCCAGUCAGAAGGUGCAACAGCGCAGAGCAUGCCAAAUGCUCAAGAGAAAUCAUCUUGAGCGCCAGAACAAGGCUCGUGAAAAUAAUUCCAGGAAGAAAGUACUGCGACGCUCGGACUAUAUGCAACAUCACUCAGGGGCAAAUAACAAUAGAAAGUGCUAGCUUUAGCUCACUUAUUCAAUGAUCUCACACUCAGUAAAGGAAAAAAAAUUACUGGGUGACAAUAUAUUGUAAAUUUAAAAAUACCACAAAAAAGUGUUCACUCUGAUGUCCACACAUCUGCCUGCAAUUACAAAUGAACAUUUGCAAUUUAUAUAUGCUAACUGAAGAGUUUCUUGUUAAAUGUGGCACAUUAGAAUAAGUGAAAUAAUUUUUAUUAUGAUAUAUUGCCUGCACAAUGAUAUGGUGCAGAACUAAGUAAUAAUAUAAUUAGCAGCUAUUGUUUUCUUCAUUAUUGUGAUAAAAAAAAUCUAAAUGGAAAUAAUAAGCAGGGCCUUCUACUUAUGAUACUGCACGUAGAUGUUAUACAGUGAUGUCUCAAAUACCAAAAGAUAUGUACACACCUGCAAAGUACAUAUAUUUACAAAAAAAAACUUAUUAAAAGUGAGACAUAAUUGUUUGUGUUACUAAUCAGGAUUUUUUGGUUGAAGUGUUAGAGAACAUGUGAUCCUUAAAAUGGAGGCCUUUUAUACUAAUAUUUACAAUUAUUUUGUAGAAAUGUUGUGUUUAUUUUUCAACUUUCUUCAUUGUUAUUUGCGAUGGAGUCCGUUAACCACUUUCAUGGCGAACAGUGUUUGUCCUUUUUUCUGCAUAUGGAUGUUAAAUAGCAAUUACAUAUCUCAGGAAAGUAAAGUUCUACGCAAUAUGUAACUAUUUUACUACUUCAGGAUGCAUAUUACAUCUCAAAUAAUGAAAACUGCUGCAAUACUCUGGCAUGGAUGCAGAUAUUCUUAUCUUUAAAAUUGUAUAGCUCUUCACAUACACUUUGUAUUUGGUCAAGAGAGAUUCAAAAUAACCAAAAGGAAAAGCUCUGAUAAUUUUAUUUUACUCUUUCUCACACUGUCACAGGAAGCUGUAGAUUCUCUCAGUCCAACCGCUUACAACAGUCAGUGUGAAGUUCCCAUCAUUCUUGUUUUAACACAAUUAUACUGCCCUUUAAACAGUUAUACAUUUUAAUACCACUUAAAUUAUAAGUGGCUUUUGUUUAUGAUAAUUGUGUAUGUAUUGUGAUAUUUAUACUCAAAUUGUAUAUACUCUAAACAAGCAUAGGAAGUAACUAGCUUUAUGAUGCCUGUAUGUGUGUAAGCUGAAGUAGUACAUUAUUCCGUAUCUUACAACUCUAAAAGAAAUAGUGAGCUUUUUAUAUGCAGUUUCUUGCAUACUUCAACUAUUUUUUUCACUACUGAUGCACUUUUAUGUGAGAGAGGUGGUAUUUCUGAAGCACAACAAGUUAUAAGCUCCAUGUGCACUGUGGUUCCUAAUCCAGUUUAUCUUGGCAUUAAUCAGUGCACAUUCAGACCUUAGAACUUCUUUUUAAUGUGACACACCCUCUGCCAAUUAUUCUUGUCACUACACAUUUUGUUGCUAGUUCUGAAAGUUGUCACCUGGGACAAUAUGAUUCAAUAACUUUAGCCUUUGGGUAUGCUCUAUCUUCUCUAUUUAACACUAUAAAUGAAAUGUACCCUCUGUUGAUAAUACAACGUAUCUAAUGUCCAUUAGUCUUCUAAGAACUCAUAUACAUAAAGAGUAAGUAACCUCUUAUUGCAGAUGACAGCAGUAAAUGCAAACCAAACUGUCCAAAGACUACACAUUUAUGCAACAACUGUCCUUAUUUGGUAAUUUUUAAGGGAAAAUACAAAGUAAAACAAAGCCAAGAAAUUCAGGUAAAUACUGCAUGAGUAUGUUUCCGGGUGUUCUGCCUAGUAGUAAUUUCUGUUUUACUCACAAUAUUUUGGCAACUGACCCAGUCGUCAUCUCCAGGUGCAUAAUAGCAAAACUAGCAGCACAUGAAGAAGAUCGCUGGAUCACCUGUAGAAAUAUUAUGAGUAAAACGUAAGCAAUGUGGCAGAGUGCCCAGAAGCAUAUGAUUAAUCAGUCAUACUGUGAAAGCUGAGAGAAAUCACACGAUCGUGCACUAUUUACCUGAAUUUCUGCCGAGUUGCUGUUUCCAUUUUACACCCAAUAUUUCGACAACUGACCCAGCCAUCUUCUUUGGAUGCAUAGCAGCAAACCUUGCAGCACCCAAAGACGAUGACUAGGUCAGUUGUAGAAAUAUUGUGCGUAAAAUGGAAACAACAACUCGGCAGAACCCCUAGAAGCACAUUAUUAAUCAAUCAUGCCAAGAAAACCUGUGAGAUCAAAUAGCACACGUUUUCUGAUUGGUUACAACAGAUGACACCUUUUUCAGUCCAAUACAAAAACUGAAAUGUGUGCCUUCCUUGACUUGUAUUGUGCUUUGAGAUGAACAACUUGUAAUUAUGUCUUAAGGUGUUCUUUGACAAUCUCUUCUCAAAACAUUGCAUUACUGUCAAAGUGCUACUUCAUUAUGAAGCCAAUAUAAUACCUUGCAGCUGUAACACAAAUUCUGAAUACCGGUACACAUUUGAGGACUCCAUUCUUCACACAGCCAGUUAGAAGAAACUUUAUCAACAAUUCUCUUACAGUAUGUGCUAAAAAAGUGGCUUUUGAUCAUUCAGUUAUGCAGCAUUCUGUACAUAAUAAAAAACCCAGAGAGCAGCAUUAGAUAUAAAUUCAGAUGAAAUAACUGAAGAAAGACAAAACUGAUUCAAGUUGUAUUUUCUAGGACUAGAGAGAAAUUUCUGAUAUGUAUGUAUGUAUGUAUUUAUUUAUUUAUUUUGGUUACUAAAUGAGAACACUAAAGUACAAGUUUUGUCUCCUGAUUGGACUUCAAAAUGUUGCAUGUAUGCUAUUAAAUUUCUGAAUAAUAGCCUUCAAGAGAACAAAAGUGAAUAACCAUGUAUCUUAUGUUAAAACAGGCUGGUAGUUAGGUAGCAAUAAAGGAGUGAAUAAUAAUAACUCAAGAAAAUGUCAGAAAGUAAUUUUUGACACAGACAGGAUAUAGUUGGUGUAUUUGUCUACAAUAUGACUGAAUUUAUACUUGUUUGUAUGUAUGUGUGUGUAUGAACAGAGAUGUUGAUUUAGAAGAGUAAUACUGCGUGUUUUCUUUGUGGAAGUGUGCAAAUUCAAGAGUGCUAGUUAGACAGAGUUGUUUUGAAGAGUGAAUUGGAAAAUGUGAAUGGAUAGUAUGGUUAUAUUUAUUCUAUUGAGACUUUUGAUGUAUAAUCUGCUUCAUACAGCAAUAUGAAAUUGCUGUAUAUUUAGAUUAUUUUAUUUUGAAAUGAGGAAUUUAAACGAUUAUCUCAUGUUCUCUCAAAAAUAAAACUCCAUCUGCAGCAGAUGAUAUUUAUAAAAAAUUAAUAUUUGAUUAUUAAUGACAGUACACUAUUUCAAUUUUGAAAUACACGCAAGCCAAAAAAAGUUUAAUAAAUAUGUUAAAAUAA